AAAAGAAUUACCUUCCUAGUUUAAAAUUAAUGUACAAAAUGAUGAUUACAUGCGAUAAGGAGCUAAAAAAAGAAGACAAUAUCAUAACUGAUAAGGGUGUACAAUUGUCAAACAAACAUGUAUAAGUAUAUACCAAAGGUUAUACGUGACAGAGUAUAAAUCUAGAAAUGAUAUUUUCCAAAAUUUCGACGAACCAAUUGAGAAACGUGACUCGCCGAAGAAAGCGCUACUUUCCUGUUGUUUCAGAAACAUUGGAAUGCAGUACUAAAUUCGUUCACCAGAGUGCUCAAAAGCUCCGAAGCUUCGAAAGCUCAGAGUGUCUGCAGAACGAUGUCGAGCUUUUAACCGUUCGCCUUUCGUCUUCUUCUUCUUUAAUUUCAACUUCAUUUUCUUAUUUCUUACGUAACACAAUCACACAAAUCCAACGUGACAUUUAAGACAUCCAAACAUAAAUUGAAUGUUCUUAACAUUCUUUUACCAAGGAUUCGAUUAUCGUACUUUUUUACUAUAAUGACUACGUUUGUUUUAUCGUUCCUUAUAUUUUGAAUGUGGAAGUACUCACUAAAUACGACGUAAAAUAAUCUACUUUACGUAUUGCAAGGACGGCGAGCUUUUCUGUAUUAAAAAAAGAAAAAGAUAUCUUGACAGAGUCUUUAGUUCGUCAAGCCCGUCAGUUGUACGGUAACGGUAGAACAAGACGGUUUCGAAACGUUUCUCUAGAAUCGGUUCGCUUAUUAUUGAUUAUACUUUCAACGAGAUGGCGAGUGUCGAUAAUGAUUUGGAGGAGCUUAUGGGGCAUCUCGGAGAAUUUGGGAGAUAUCAAUUCUGGCAAUUCUCUUUACACAUCGUUGGAGCUUUGACUGCUGGUUUACAUAUGUUAACUUUAUUGACUGUUGCUGCAGUACCUGCUCACAAAUGCGUUAUACCAGCCAUCAAAUCCACUCUCAUAGAUACAUUAAACGAUUCGUUGGUUGUAGCGAACAUAAAUAACACGAUCAUUAUAUCAGAGCCAUCGGACACUUGUAAUUAUCUGGACGAAUUUAAUGUAACAAAAAAGUGCGAAUUUUGGACAUAUGACACGGAAUAUUUCAAAUCGUCACGUGGUAUGGAGUGGAAUUUCGUUUGUUCGCGUAGAUGGAUGGGUGCAAUGGCACAGUCGGCAUAUAUGUUCGGUGUGUUUGUUGGUGCUGUGACCUUGGGUAGUCUCGCCGAUAAAUACGGAAGGAAGAUAAUCUUCUACGUCUCCGCGGUAUUGCAACUGAUACUCGGUACCAUGGUCGCUUUGGUCAACGAGUAUUACACUUUCCUUCUCGUGAGAUUCCUCUACGGCAUCUUUGGCUCAGCUGGCUCUUAUAUAACCGGAUUUGUACUGACGAUGGAACUGGUGGGAGCCUCAAAGAGGACUAUCUGCGGAAUAAUGUUCCAAUUCGCUUUCGCAACUGGUUUUAUGUUAGUCGCUGUUUGGGGUGCUCUGAUUAAGGAUCGAACCUGGUUACAAAUAAUUUACGGACUACACAGUGCACUAAUGCUAGGACACUGGUGGCUCAUGGACGAAUCCCCAAGAUGGUUAUGGGCUCAAGGCCGAGCAAAGGAGGCCGUAGAAAUCGUGAAGAGAGCCUUAAAGAUGAACGGGAAUAACGUGAACUUGAAGAGCGGAAAAUUUCUUGCAACUUCGAAGAUAAAGCAUAACUCCGAGGAAGAUAAAACUCAUAACGGAUUUGAUUUAUUGAAAACUCCGAAUCUUCGAAAGAAAACCUUGAACGUAUGCCUUAACUGGUUCGCCAAUUCAAUUGUUUAUUACGGCUUAUCUUUGAAUUCUGGAAAUCUUGUAGGCAAUCCUUAUUUAAUGCUCUUCUUGAGCGGCCUUGUCGAGCUACCAUCGUAUGUUAUGCUAAUAUUCCUGAUGGAUCGUACUGGUAGAAGGUGUCUCGUCAGUACAUUCAUGUUAGUCGGCGGCCUUUGCUGUAUAUGUGCAGCUUUCGUCCCGAAGGAGGACAAUAUUGGAGCGACAGUGACAGCUGUUAUAGUAUUGUUCGGUAAGGCCUGUAUCGCGGCAUCCUUCGCAGUGAUCUACAAUUACACGGCCGAACUAUUUCCCACGGUAGUGAGGAACACGGCCCUUGGUAUUGGCUCCAUGUGCGCUCGUCUCAGCGGUGCCCUAACGCCAUUGAUCAUGCUCUUAGAUUUUCUAGAUCCGAAAGUACCAGCCACGUUGUUUGGUUUGGUAGCCUUGGCCUCUGGCUUCCUAGCUCUUUAUUUACCAGAAACCGUAAAUCAGCCGAUGCCAGAGACAAUCGAGGACGGUGAGAACUUCGGUAAACACGACACGUGCUUCACCACCUGCCUUGGCGAUAGAAAGCACCAUUAUGUCGACACUUACGAAGUCACUCUUGAUCAAAUGACCGAUAAAGAGGAAAAAGACAAAUUAAAUGAAACUUAAUGUUGAACUGCAUUUAUAUAAAUUCUAUUCAACGCAUUUAAGUUCUUUUAUCAUCCUUUCUUUUCUCACGAAAAAUUAAUCUUGCGAUAAGGCGUCAUAAACUCGUCAUGCCAAUCUCAUAAAAUCAUGUUAGCUUAAGAGUAAUAAUUCGAAACUUUGAUCGGAAUCAUGUCGUAUGAAGAAACACUUUCUUUCCCACUCUCAUUUAUCUUAUAACAUCUUAAUUGGAAUUUAAUGGACGUAUAUUGAUUACUUUGUUUGAUAAAAUCAUUUGGAUUUUAUGGUCUGGCAUCGUUCUACAAUGCGUAUAUGAUACGUGUAAAUAAACGCGUAUAUGGCAUGGUCUUUUUAAGAUAAUCAAUGAGAAUAACUAAAGUGCCUUUUAUCUAAUGACAAUCCAAACUCGUUUUUAUUACGAUUGUAAUAACGUUGUAACCGUCCUUUUUCUUUUCAUAUAAAUCGAAUAAAAUAUGAAUAAAAAAAGGAGGGAUUAUCAUUGAAAUUAUGUCCGACGAUGCGACUUGCGAAAAACCGGUUUGGUUGGUUUUCGAAUAUUCAAAUUGGGACCACUAUUGUUGUUGUUUUCGCAUAAUUAAUUUUUAGCGCAAUUCUAAUGACACAUAGCGAUCUAUAAAUAUAUCUAUACACAUACAUACAUAAUAUAUAUACAUAUACAUUUAA